AUGAGCAAUGACCAGAGGCAGUAUUCUCCUGCAGUAGCUCUCUUACAAGUUGAUAAGAUUUUUUCAGGCAGCAUUACGUACAGGCAGUCCCUGACUUAUGGCCGGGGUUCCAUUCCAGCAGCAUGCCGUAUGGAUGUCUUUUCUAACGCAAGAGUUGAGAUUGGCAGUUUACUGGAUGAUGAUCAGAUAAUAUGUGGUCAUUGCAAAUCUCUUACAAAGGAGCCUUAUAUUCAGUGUGCACAAUGCCAAGAUUUGAAAGAUAUGCCAACCAUUAUUUGUGUGCCUUGUUUUGCUAAAGGAGUUGAGUUUAGUUCACAUAAAAAUAACCAUAAGUACAUAAUCGUUAAAAAUGAUUUCAACGUUUUCAGUUCAGGUUGGCAAGCUAAAGAGGAACUUAGAUUAAUUAAUUCUGUAAUUGAAUGUGGUUUUGGAAAUUGGGUAGAUGUUAGUAAUAGGAUGCAAAAGAAAUCCCCAGAAGAGUGUCGUGAGCAUUAUUUGAAGUUCUAUGUAGAAGAUCCCCAUCCAGAGUUUCCACUUUUAGAAGAGCAGAAUGAGAACAUUGUGUUCCCACAACCAAUAACAUACAAGGGAGGUAGUGAUGAUCCACCAAGACCAAUACCAGGUACAAUAUUUUUUCGUGAUAUGGCAGGAUAUAAUGCUGCAAGGAGUGAUUUUGAGGUGGAAUUUGACCAUAAUGCAGAAUUGGAAAUUCAAGAUUUAGACCUAAAACUCUUCGAAGAUGAUCCAAAACCUUCGUUGGGUAUAGAGUUGCAAAUGUGUUUGUUGGAUAAGUAUCGUAGAAAACUUGGUGAAAGAUUUCAAAGGAAAAAACUUAUUCGAAAUCAUGGCCUCAUUGCAAUGAACAAGUCAACAUAUCAUUUGAAUCGAUACAAGCCAUAUUUGAAAGCAGCUUUUGCAGAUUCUCUUCCAAGGUUUUACAGACUUUUCGACUUUGUGGAAAUGGACCUGUUGCUAGAAAGUUUAAAGUGCGAAAUGGAAUUGAAAAGGCAUAUUGUUGAACUCUUGGAGUAUAGAUUUAAUGGCAUAACAAAACAAAAUGGUAUCAUGACAUAUGAAACCUUGAAGAAAAGAAGGGAAGUUAACAUGAAAGAACGUCGGAAUCUUGUCAUUCCCCACAGUAUUGGUGACAAAACUGUUUGGGAUGUUGUAUCCCAUAAAAAUGUUGCUUCAUUUGGAUUGACUAUUCCCAGUUCAUCCAGGAGAGUCAGUGUUCCCCUGAAUAUUAUGGGCAUGCCUGGGUAUGACAGUCUUAGUGAUAGAGAAAAAGAAAUUGCCUCAGAAACACGUCUUCUACCUGAGGAUUUCAUGAGAUUCAAAGGCAUAUUUAUUGACGAAUGUAGACGAAAUAAUGGAUUACGCUUGGCACAAGCACGAACUCUCCUCAAAAUAGAUGUUAAUAAAAUCAGGAAAAUAUAUGAUCACCUUAUGUCAUUUGGGUUUAUUCAUGCUCCUAAAAGAAAAUAGUCUUGUUCUGUAUACAUUUCAAUACAUAGCUAUUAUGUUAGUUUUAUGUUAAUUAACAUUAGAUAUGUGAAAAAAGUUUGUCCUUUUUUCCUGUUAGAAAUGUAUAAUUUGCUAAUGUGUUUCAUGUUUUCAAUUUUAGCUCUUGGAAAUGCAUACAACUUAUUGUUUAAAGAUGAUAUAUACGUAGAGCAAAGAUAAACUUUGUCUACAAAUGUAUAUUUUGUUUAUUAUGUAAAAAUCAAGUGGCUUAUCCAGCCACAGUUGUAUGGUAGGGAUUACAGAACAUUCUCUUGUAGGUAAUUUUUGUGUUAUUAGGUGAGAAAUGGAGUGCUAUGUUUAUAUUCCAUAAAGAGCUUGAGCUGGAGAAUAAUCCUACACAAAGGCAAUUAUUUAUAUUCCAGUAUUAAAUGGAGGUUUUUUGUUUAUACUGAAAUACAGUGGAACCUCUGUUUUCGUACAUACUAAUCUGUUUCAGAACCUCCCGCAAAACCAAAACAUACGAAAACCAAAACAAUAAAUCCCAUAAGGAAUAAUGUAAAUACAAUUAAUGCGUUCCAGACCCCCAAAAAUAUUAACAAAGAAUACAUUUUAUAGGGAAUAAACAGUUUUACAUUCAGAAAACAAUGAGAAAUAAAUAUAUGUAACUAAUGAAAUGAAUAAAUGAACGUUUAACAUCACUCUUUCCUUAUGUAAAACACUUUUUAGGGUAUGGAAAAUGGAGAGGGAGGAGGAGAGUUUAUUGUUUGGAGAGGGAAUCUACCUCCACAAGGACUUUAGGUAUCAAGGACCUAUCUGGGCUUCUCUUCAUUUUUUACGGGUACUAGGACCAGCUUGAGUUUCUGGACCCCUGUCGCACAACAAAACUGUCCAGAGACAUUUGUUUCUGGCGUUUCUUUAACAUUCGCUUAAAAUUAAACACGACAUUGUUAUUAAACAUGUUUGGAGACAUGGAUUACAACUUCUUCGUUGGGAUGAUAAUUCCCCACAAAAUUUCUAACAUUCCACUGUGCAAACAUGUCCUUAAUUCUUGAAGUAGGCACAUUAUGUAUGCCCAUUUGUUUUCUGAAUUUUUCAAACCAGCCUCUGCUGGCCUUAAAUUCUCUAACAGCAGUGCUUGUUAUAAGCAUUUUCUCACUGAGAUCAGCAUGCAACUUCCUCCAACACUUUGCUAUGAGUUCUUUCUUAAAUUCUAUUGUGUUUCUUGCCUUUUUUUACACAAGGGCUAGCACUUGGAACUUUCUUUGGUCCCAUGAUGGCUUAUUUAGCAGUUGCACUCCAAUGAAAAAGCACAAAAAACACAAAAACAACGAACACAAAAGCAGCAUGGGUCAUGACAGAAGAUGGGAUGCUUUGUUUGGGCACUUGAUACUGGGCCCAGUCACACAUUGGGCCCCGGAUGGAGUUGUUUCCGAGUAUAUACGAAAACCGAGGAUAUAUACAAUAACUUGAGAUAAAAUUUCGUAGAAAAAAGUCUACAUUGACCGAAACAUACGAAAUGAGAGGCGUACGAAAACUGAGGUUCUAAUGUAUAAAUCAUUGCCUUUGUGUAGGAGUAUUCUUCAGUCCAAGCUAUUUAUUGGUUGUUUAAACCUAGUAACAAUGUAAUUAAUUGAUAGUUAAGGAGGUAAGUGGGAGAAUAUCCUUACUUAGCUGCUAUUCGCAGUCACUUUUUAGCAUCAACAUUCUGACUAUUUUAACCCUUAAACGCCUAUUGGACGUAUUAUACGGUGACUAAAAUUGUCUGUCGGGUGCUUAACCCUUAAACGCCGAUUGGACGUAUUAUAAAAUUGUGUGUCGACUGAAAAAGUUUUUUUUAAUAUUUGCGGAAAAAUAGUUAUAGGCCUACUUGGCAAAAAAUUUUGAAUCACGCACCUUGAGGGAUGCUGGGAGUUCACGGAUCAAGCUUUUGUUUUGUUUACAAGCGUUAUCCAGCCACUCAUGCGCGAGUUGCAUUCUUCUUGCACCAGCAAGCAUCAGCGACUUGUCGUCCAAGAGCGAUCUCUUGCCGCAUUCGUGUUUUGCCGAACUUUUGCGAGUGUUUAAGUAUUUGUGGUGGUACAAGACGUACAUAGAGAUGUCCCAACGUCGUCUGGAGUGCGAAAGGCGUGUUUUGCCUAUCGGUAGGGAUCGUGUGAGGCAUGUUUUGGACUUGGAUGCUGGAGAGGGACCAAGCACCCAAGAUAACCCAGCUUCCCAACGGCGUAUUGUGCGGCCCCAUGUGGCCGAAAGUGUCAGAGGACUACAUCGUGUGCCUUUUACAACCCCUAGGAAGCAUCGGGGUGUCCUAAGGGGCAUUCUUAGACAUUUUGGAGGCCUCCAACAAAAGGACAUUGACAAAUACUUGUUGGAACUCGAUCGAGAGCAGGUCGCAAGUCCUCAUUUUGAUGGCAGUUGGUCCUCUAGUGAUGAGUGAUGAUGAAUAUUUGCCCCCAAUGUCCGUACGGGAGUCACAGGCUGAAAAUGUGCUUGAAUUUAGUGGUUUUAGUGCAUAUGAGGGGGAGUCUGAGGAGGAGGAGU